ACAAGAGGACUGUCUAUGUGGAGGAACUCUGUCUUCUGGAUCCCCCCUCCAUUGUCUCUCUACAGCCAGAAGACACUGUGGGGAAAAUGCUUGUUUCUCUUGGCAGAAAUUUAAAACACCUAUGGAUGAAAAGCAAAUAUAGAAUUCAUUAUUCUUCUAAGACACUUGGGGAAAAAACAGUAGAGGUAAAAGACGACAGCUUUCUGCUCUCACUGGAACCAGGUGAGGAGGUUGAGGUUCAGGCUUCUGUGAAAUGUGCAAACAGACCAGAUGAACAUCCUGGAUACUGGAGUGCCUGGUCGAAACCUGUGCGAGCAAUAGUUCCCCAAAGUGCAGACAGGAAGCUCCUCUGGCGUCUCUGUGGUUCCAUGCUGAUCAUCAUUAUCUUCUUCAUCCCAACCGUUUUACUUUGUCGCAGGAAGCUCAAGCUGCUCUUUUGGCCUCCAGGGCCCAACCUUGAAAAAGUUCUUCAGGGCUUCCUGACAGACAUCAACCAGCAGAAAUGGAAUCCUCCAGUCACAUCGAAGCUGUGUUUUGAAGAAACAACCUCCUCUGUAGUGGAGAUCAUGUCUGAUGAGCUUCCAGUCCUUGACAAUCCUUCUGAAGAACUCAACUUCCUCUCCUCUGAUGGAAGCUUUUCCUUUGAGAAACAGGCAGAUGGGAGUUCUGGGAGCGAAACCCUCAGAGACUAUGUCACUCUGAACAAAGAUCUGUCCGUUCUCUGCCUUAAGCAAAACUGUUAUGUCUAUGAGCAAUUUAAAGAUGGAAAAGAUCCUGAGAAAGGAGAUAACCUUUCUACAACAUGCCACUGUCUUAAGCCUUGUUCGUGCAGCAACUAUUUUAACCAUUCUUACCUACCUUUGUCUCAGUCUACAGAUGGCUUGAAUAAAAACAUCAAUGUUGGACAUGAUAAAAGUAACCCUUAUACUAACCUUUUCCUCGACUAAACAUGCAACACAAGUGUGCCUCCAACUUAAGUUCUCUGUACAAAAGUGAUCAAUUCACAUAGAUUACUGGAUAUAGUUUCAGUAAAAUCUACAUUUGAAAAAGAAUUAAAAACUAGAAAGGUGAUAAUAAAAAUGAAAAGGAAUAUUGCUAUAUUACUACGGAUAUAUAGAAAAAAGCUUGAAAUGUUUAUUAUAACCGUUGUAACAAUAAGUGCUGUUAUAAAUGCUCUUUUUUAUGCAGUUAUUUUUGGAGUAUAUUGGAUUAUGCUGAACAUAUAACAGUUCUUAUAUUUUUCAUGUAACAUUAAGUUUAAGUAUUAGCAACUAACUUUACAUUCAGUUGUAUGGGACAGUAUAAUUGUAUUUUUUUUUUACUAUUUGUAGUUCUGUUUAGUAAUCCAUUACUUACUUGCUUCAGAGCUUGAAUACUUACAAUAUAAACAUGUAAAUGUUUAAGAAUAAUAAAUUUUAAAUUUCUUUUUAAAAAUUAAAGGCUGUCAGGGUACUUAGAGAGAAAAAUCUUGCAAAUUCUUUGAUAAGUAUAGAAAAAUAAAACAGAAGUAAUAUAAUAAUAAUAAUCUAGGUGUUUUUAUGUUGUUUGUUGUUGUUUUAUUAUUGUAUUUUAAUUGUAUCAGGCAGUUUUGGGGAAUGCAAAGUUAGACUUUGUGCUAUAACCUCAUACAGUGCAUCUCUUCUCUUGUGGUUAAUGUGUACUGUAUAUUUUCGCUGUUUUAAAUAAAGUAAAUCGUAAAUCUGGAAAAGUAUGAAACAUUGUGCACAUUGCGCAGGGACCUUGUACUUUGUUCUGUAGUUCUUGUUUAAUACCACAAGGUGGCAGCACACAUCAACAUGCCGAUGUGUGCAGCCACAAUGAGGGACGUCGAGGGACCACGGACUGAAUCUGGACCAAAAACAUAAACUCACAUUUUCUCAGGCCUUGUGAUCUUGUUAACUUUUUGCACACUCAUAUGAGAUAUGAGGAUUGAGAUGCCAUUAUUUGUUUUAAAAGAAGUUUCUACUCUAAGGUUAAUAAAUGACUCACAACACAGAUGAAAGCUAAUGUUGAUUUAUUCAUAAAAUAAAAGGAAAAGGCUCAAGUAUAGAGGAGUUCGACAGUUUGAAUUAAAACCAAAACACCUGAGAUGGAACAAUAACACCUUAACAACUAGGAGUGGAUGUAAACCCUACAUGUUUGACGUUUUAACAGCUUUAAAAUAUUUUUUUAUCUGAGCCCAAACUUAGAUAAUUUUGCAAUUUAGCUGAAUUAGUUCAGAAUUACAGUCUAAGUAUGGAGGAUCAUUAUACUGUAGCUAAGGCAUCAGAAGAAAACUAUCCAGUCCAACUACUGUUUGCUAUCACACCAGCAGCAGAUCAGCACCGUCUGCCAAGGCGUAUGAUGUCACAUUGAUAAAGUAGCCCCGCGUUGUCCAUGAGGCGUUAGGAGAAAGGUGGGAGACAGAAUGUGUUCAAAGUGAGACAGGCAACAGAAGAAGAAAAUUUAAAAGGGCCAGUGUUUACUCCCCAAGCUGCUUUUCCUCCCGACAUGAAUUCUUUCCAUGUUUCAUCACUGCCCACUUGCCCAUACGCUAAUGUCUAUGGGGGGAGGUUGAGUCACCUCUUGAUGUCAUUUCCUCAACUUUCACAGACAAUCACACCGAGAACCAGAGCUGCCUCAGAUGUGAUGGACAUGCAGGGUUAUUAUAGAACAUGUGUUUGUAUUUAUCGUGUUGUCAUGUUUACAGGCCUCAAACACGAAUUCACCAACAACGGAAAUGAAGCUACUUAAGCAGCAGCAACAUAAGGUUGGCUUCUGCUGGAAGCUCAUCACACGACUGUGGUUAACUGGUUCUGAAAACUGACUGCAAUCACAUUUGGUCCUGUUGAAUUUUGUGCUGCAGAGAGUGCUGACAGGAUGGCAUACAUCAGUUUCUGAAGGAAAAACUGCCAAACAAGAAUAACAAACAUCCAGUGUAAUCAAAAACACAGGCAGAACUAAUGAUGUUGGAGAAAGUGCAGCAACCUCAGAGUCGUUCAGUGGGAGAAAAGUCAUUGAUUUUCCACAAAGGCACUGGCAGAAGUAGGAAGGAAGGUUGUGUUGGUUUCAAUAAAAACAUACAGUGCCUUAAAAAGUAUUUUCUACAUUUUGUCAUGUCAAACCACAAAUGUUAAUGUAUGUACCUUGUAUUUUAUGUGAUAUUUUACCACAAAGCAAUGCAUGAAUAUCUAUCUCAGUCAGCUUUUAUUCCAGUAUUGCCCUGCCUUAAACUAUGGUCAUAUUUCCCAUCAUCUCUUACCAGCUCCUGCUGAUAAAAAGCAACUUAACAGUAUGACGAUGACAACACUUUGUUUCAAAGUGGAAAUGGUUUGUUCAACUAAGAAAAGAGGUUUUCAAAGGUUGGCAUAGGGUUGUAUAAUCUAACCCUGGAGUAAACGUCUCCGCAUUUUAUCCCACCACACAAUGAUUGUGUUUUUUGGUCUUCAUGAUUGUUUGUCUAAUAUCAGAUCUUUAAGGAACAACUGCAUUAAUAUUGAAAUGUAAUCCCACAAACGUGGCACUAUUAACUAAGUAGUUUACUUCUAAAGGCGGUUGGUUGCUGCAGUUGCUAUUUGGCGGUAUCAGACUUCUGUUGUUCUAUUACAUGAAGUGAAAUACAAUAUCUGUGGUUUUAACAUGAUUAAAAUGUAAAACAUAGUUGAAUGUGUGUGAUUUCUUAUGCAAGGCACUACAUUCAUGACCUAUGCAUGGUUGGUACAGUAUUUUUUAAUUAGUCUUUUCUUUUUUGCAACAAAUAUGCUGAAACUGUUGGUGGUUGUGUAGUAUUAGAUAGCAAACUGGAUUUUAACGAGCAAUUUGUUUAAGCAAGUUAUUAAAAGUAAGAGUGCUAAUGGAUUUUGAAGGGCAGAAAUUUAAACAUUAAAACAGGAAUGGAUU